UGUUGACAUGACAGGCCCUUGUGUUUCUUCCCAGCCAUGUACAGGAGACAUAAGUCCAGCACUCUUGAGCACAAGAAAGACCUUGCCAUCCAUGGAUCUGCAUUGCCUGCACCUCAUAAUGGCAUGAGAAGUUUUUUCAACUUGUCCCAGCUUGUACUUUCUGCUGGACACCUAAGACCACUGCCAGUCCUGAGACAUUCAAAAAUCACUUACGUUGAAGUGGAGAUUCUUGAUGCCCACAGCAAAAAGCAGAUCUGUGUAGUGGAUAAGAUGCCACCAUCAUCAACACUUCUUGAUGUAAAACAUAAGUUUCACAAAAUAUGUCCACAAUGGUACCCAUCUCGGAUAGGCCUGCGACUAGAACGCAAUGGCCCCUAUUUAAAAGAUUCUGUUAACGUAAAGAGUCUUGCAGCAUCUUCUAUCAUUACUCUGUAUUUCACAGACAUGGGACAGCAAGUCAGCUGGACAACGGUUUUCCUAACUGAAUAUACAGGUCCUCUUCUAAUCUAUCUGCUGUUUUAUCUUCGUCUCUCAAGUAUUUAUGAUGCAAAAGAAAGUGCAAGAAGUUUACGCCAUCCUGUGGUUCAUUUGGCCUGCAUCUGCCACUGUUUACAUUAUAUCAGGCAUCUUCUGGAGACCCUCUUUGUGCACAAGAUUUCAGAAGGACAUACACCCCUGAAAAAUAUGAUCAAGGGCUGUGCUUUUUACUGGGGAUUUACUUCUUGGUUUGCUUACUACAUCAACCACCCACAGUAUACUCCUCCAUCAUUUGGAAACAAGCAAAUUCCUUUGGCUACCUUUGGGUUUCUGGUAUGUGAAGCUGGGAACCAUUUUAUCAAUGUGGCUUUAGUUCAUCAAAAUCAAUCAGGAAACAAAGUAUCUUUUCCAAGUCCAACACUCAAUCCUUUCACAUGGAUUUUUACACUCGUUUCCUGUCCAAAUUAUACAUACGAGAUCGGCUCUUGGUUGAGCUUUACAGUGAUGACACAGACUCUGCCAGCAAAGAAAGGUUAAGGAAUGAAAGAGGAGACUAAGACAGAAUUGAAGAUGGCAACAGGAAGUGUAAUCAAGGCUGUCCACAGGGUAAGGCAAAGGUUUCUCAGAAAAAGCGACAUUCCUGCACUAAAUUCCCUUUCCUAUACAUCUAUACAAGGUGAGAAUAUUUAUGUAACUAUUUUUAAAUUUUCUUUUGUACGACCAAAGGAGAAAGAAAAAAUAUCCAGGGAAAAUAAGGAAAAGGUAGAUAGUAUAUGUGGAUGAAAGAUGCCUAAUUAAAAAAAAAAACAAAAAAACAAAAAAAAACCCAGAAACUACCAAAAGGAUUAUAAAUGAUUUUCUUCAAGAGGCAUAUGCAAAUCUAACAGCUUUUUGAACUAGUUGUCCCUCACUAACCAAUACAGAAUUACGGUACUUUUGAAAAACAGGAUUUCAGUAGUGCAGUUAAGAGGCUAAGAAUCAUUAUGAAGCCUGUACUCCCAUGGCUAUACAUAAUCUGCUAAUUUGAUUUUUGCCCAUCAAGGAAAGGGCUUUUAAAAUGUUAAGAAAUUAUUUAAUGUUUACUGUUACAUGCAUACUUAUUAUGCUGGUCUUUUUUCCUCUUUCUAUGCAGGGACCAACAGCACGGUGCAUACAUUCACAUCCCCAACCAACACACCUCUAACAUCACCACAAGCAUUCCUUAUACAUUUAUCCAUAAAUAUGUUAAACAACUAAAGGGAUAUCAUGCAUCCUUGUCUUACUCCUUCCUCAAUGUUGAACUGUUUGCUAAAAAUUCCUUUUAUUAUCAUAUAUGCUUUACUUCCAUCAUACCACUCUUAUCGCUUUCAGCAACCAACAUUCAACUCUAUAUUUGUGCAAAACAUUCCAUAAUUCAAGCCUACCCAUUGGUCAAACACUUAGUCAUUAGAGGUAUAAGAAACUUUCUAUCUCACAUUCUACAUUCUUCAAUGACUUCCUGAAGAGCAAAAUGUUGGUCUGUAUGUGCUCUAGCCCAAAAUAAAGCCAUACUAUACUGUCUCCUCCUGUAUAAUUUUGCCAUACACACAGCCGUGUCUGUAACAAUAUGAUGACACAUUAUGAUUUUAUCACACAAACACUGCAAUUAUACACUUUUAUCACAACUCUUGAUGCAAGUACACAGUUGUGGUAUCUGUGUAAUUAAUGAAGUCUAGGUCAGUGAUCCACAAUAAAGUUUGUCUGACAUUUGCAUGAUUACAUGUGUCAUCACUUGCCCUUCCUGUGUAUACCCACACAAAGGCCACACUUAACAAACUAAUUCCCCAUAGUUAAAGUUGGAAAGAGCUCUUGAUUCAUCCUUUCUUCCUUAUUCUUGGGCACUGUUACAUUGUGGGAUACCAGAUCAACUACUGCACCAAAAGGAUUUUCAGCUUUUAGUACUUGCUUGAGUAGAAAGGCAGAGUAGAAAUUAAACAAAUAAAUGAAUAAAAUGUAGAAACUGAUAGGACAUCUGGAAUAUGCUCAGCUGUACUCCACAACUUUAGCAGUAAGUAAGUGUUAUUUAAUUCAAUGAUGUUUUUUUCUAAAUCAGCACAAGUUCAUAGACCAGGUUCCUACAAGCUAGGCUAAAAUGGGUUGGGGUAGCUUAUAAUUUUGUAUGAUAUAUGGAUGCAGUCAUUUUAGCAUGUUGUGUGAAUGUUAAGCCACAAUAUUGUUUGGAUAUAGAAAUAAUAGUUGGUUAAUCAGGGGCCUGGGCUUGGUGUAUUGUGUGAACCUACCCAUCAGCUUGUUUUCUAUACACAUAUAACCUGCUUAUUACUAUGCAGCAAGUUUUCUGUUGGCACUCACAUCUUUUUGCAUGUUAUUAAAUCAUUUGAAAUACAAGCAAACUGCUUCAUGAUUAUAUAAGCCAAUUGUCACCAUCUGGUAGACUCAGUUGGUACAAGUGAUAGUUGCUUGUGGCAACUCUGCUAAAACCUUAGUCCACAUCAUUAAGCACAAAGGGAACAAUAGGUAAAUCGCUCUAAGGCAGAGGUUAAUGGACUGAAUCAUUAUGUCACGCAGUUCAGGACAGGUAAACAGAAGUGUGUCAGUUUGGGGAUUAAUAUUGUUAUAAAAUGCAAAAAUAAUGACCUAACUUUAACCUGCUCUCAAAAAUUGCUGUAAAACAUUUUGUAUGUCCAUUUUCUUACUGUUAUAAUACCCAUGAACGUUUAAAUAAAUAA